UUUAAAGCGCUACAAGUGUUGCUGCCAGAUAACAGCAUGACAUGGUGAGAAUUACCCAGCUGUGGCAUACUUUCUCUGCUCUCCAGGGUCACAUCCAGUACACAUUUCACAGCUAAACAGGUCUACAACAAGAGACUCUCACAUUAACAACUCAUGCUAAAAGACCAGAUGUUACUGUUGGCUGUCGGUCUGUCCGUGGCUCUCCUGCUGCUGCUGUGUCUGACGGUUUACUAUCUGUGGAGGAGGAAGAAGAAGGGUCGGAGUCAAUACGAGGAGCUGCUCUCCACAGUGCCUUCAGUACCAGCAUGCUCUGCCCAAGUGCUCCCGGUGUCUCAGGGCUCCUGCGCCACGCCCUGUGAGAUCCCUUUUACCUUGCCUCCUCGCUUCACGGCACAAAACCAUGGUGACUUAAAAAAUGAGGAGGAGGAGAUGAAGAUGGAGGCCCGAAGGGACAUACUGGCCCAUCGUGGGUCACUCACAGUAAGGAGAUGGUACCCAGUGGGGACGGUGCUGGCCGGUCUCUACUCGGUUCCUCCUCUGAACGAGGUGGUGGCACCUCCUCCAGGCAUGGCCACCCGUCUCUGCUUCUCUGUGGAGUACCGACACAGCUGCGAGCAGCUCAUGGUCUCCUUGCUCCGCCUCGGCAACCUCCCUCCCCGUUGUCAUGGCAACAUCAUGCUGGUUGAGCUCCGGCUUCUCCCUGACGACCGGCGGCCCCGCCAGGCCAAGGCCCGGGGCACGGGGCCCGACCCCGAGUUCUGCGACUGCUUAGUUUUCCAGGUGUCAGGUGUGUGUGUGCCUCAGAGCACCCUGAGCGUGUGUGUGCUGAGUGUGGAGCAAGACGGCAAACGCCACGCGGUGGGCAGGGUACUGUUUCCUCUGGAGGGGGAGCUUGGUCAGGCCGGCAGGGUGCUCUGGAGGGACCUGGAGACAGAGGACGACACACAGUGUUCAGAGCUGGGUGAUGUGCAGAUAUCGCUCAUGUACAGUCCGUGUCUGCAGCGCCUCUCUGUGGUUGUUCUGAGGGCUCGCGGCCUACAGCUGCUCACAGACGCAGGUGUGUGCGUACAGGUGAGCUUACAGAUACACACUCAGGUGGUGAAGAUUAAACGCAGCUUUGUGGCGAAAUGUGAAAACGACCCCUAUUUCGACCACAGGAUGACGUUUAAACUGCGCUCGCAGCACCUGGACGAGGCCUGUCUGAGAUUUGAGCUGCAGCAGCCAAACGACGUCCGCUCAGAGCCUCCGGCCCUGCUAGGAGUGCUGGUGUUGGGUCCCUUCAUGUAUGCUAGGGGCCCGCAGCUGCAGCACUGGAUGGACAUGGUUAACACGCCACAAGAGCCGGUCGAACUGUGGCACGGACUGGGCCGGGCCACUUAACACACAAAUCACACACACACACACACACACACACACACACACACACACACACACACACACACACACACACACACACACACACACACACACACACACACACACACACACACACACACACACACAAUGAAUAUAUACACAGUGUUUGACAUAAUAAAAUCAACAUUUGCAAUAAAGGAACUGAAUCAGGAAUUUGUGGAUUAUACAAACAGGAACAACAAUAACAAUAACUUCAAUGAUUUAUCCAAAUUCAGAAUCCUUGUAACACACAGGAAACCAGAACCUUGUUUUGAAGGGGCAGAAAUAUCAGAUACACAGUCCUCGGAAGCACCUUUAGGCCAUAGCUUAGAACUAGAUCCUUGACUAAUAAUCACCCUCACCUGAAUCAUAUGUGAACUUUUUAUAGCUCAGAACUUCUUUCUUAUUCCCUAAUAGCAUAAAAUAAGGUGACAGAGUGAGAUUAUCUAGUGUCGAUGGAUACCUAUAACACAUCCUACAUCCUUUGGAUUCAUAGUUGUUAAAACUAAAUCAAAGGUAUAUUUAUAUGUUUAAACAGCAAUAAAUAAUAUAGUAGAUUGGGCAGGAAACUUGGAAUGGCCAUGGGGAAAAAAAUUAAUACAAUUGGUUAUAAGAAAACAAAUGCAGACAGUAAAAGCAAGGUUAAAUUUGAUGGACACUACAUAGUUACAGCUUUUGGAGCUGGGAGAAGCAUAUUUUAUAUAACAUAUAUUCUUUAUUUAUACUUUUUUUCAUGUAUAUGUGUCUAUGAUUAAUGGUGGAAUGUAACUAAGUACAUUUACUCAAGUACUGUACUUAAUUACAAUUUUGAGGUACUUGUAUUUUACUUUAGUAUUUCCAUUUUCUGCCACUUUAUACUACUCCACAACAUUUCAGAGGGAAAUAUUAUCCCCAGCUUUACCAGCUCAGCUGCCACAUUAAAGUGGUAUUAAUCUAGCAAUAAUCAUAAUCCAAUAAUAUAAUAUAUAUUAUUCUGAAAGGGCCAUUGUGCAUAAUGAUUACUUUUACUUUUCGUACUUUAAAUACAUUUUCAUACUAAUAUUUUAACUUGACUAAGAUUUUGAAUGUAUCAGUAUCAUAAUCAGAAAAAGAUUUGUUGCCAGCUAAGUAGCAUUUAUUAAGAAUUUGCUUUGGUUGAUUUUGUAUACAUAAAAACAUAUUUAAACAUGAAUAUUAAACAAACAAACAAUACAGAGACAAAGAACACAUUCAUAUAACCAGGGUUCAAAAUUAGCACCAUCUUACCAAAUGCUGGUAAAAUAUG